AGACGCGCGGCCGCGCUCACACUCGUCCGUGUCGUGGCGGUGGCCGUGUCGGGAGCGCAGCCGAUCGCUCGCGUCGCCUCCUCGCCGUCGGCCGACGUAGAUUCUCGUCGCGAGCGAGCGAGCGAGCGGAGCGGAGGGCAACGAGUCGCGCGGUGUCGGUGUGUGCAGUGCUGCCGGAGAAGAGAAGAGAGAUAAAGAGGAGUUUGUGCGGAACGCGUCGGUUCUUUCCUCGUCGCGGGCGACCCUGUUGCUGGCGAGCGCGCCGCGCCGCGCCGCCCCGAGCCGCCGUCGCCGUCGGGGCUUCCCCGUUUUGUUGUUUGUGCUCCCGUCCUCGCGCGCGGGAGAGGAGGUGGUUGGUGCAGCGAGGCCGACGCCAGGUAUCCAGCGCGGCCAGUGUCCCGACCGCAUCGGGGAUAUUGUACUACGAUGCUCAGUGACACGUGCGGAUACGUUCUCUUCCUGCUGCUGCUGCUGCUGGUCCCGUACAUCGAGAGCGCUCGUCGACUGAACGAGUACAUCCGCCACUACGAAACGCUGUCAUAUCCCGUCGAGGAGGUCCAUCGAAGCCACCUGAGGGCGAAGAGGUCGAUCAACCGCGACAGCACCGUGACGUUAAAGUUUCGCGCGCACGGCAAGGACUUCCACGUCCGAUUAAAGCGGGACCUGACCACCUUUAGCAACAACCUAAUCAUCGAAGGACCUACGGGGGAGAGACAGUACGACUGCGACGUCUCCCACGUUUAUCAGGGCAACCUAGUCGGCGAACCUGGUAGCCACGUGUUCGGAAGUGUCAGUGAUGGAGUCUUCCACGGGAAGAUAGUAUCACCGAAAAGUGGUGCGUGGUACGUGGAAAGGGCGCAUUACUACUUUCCGCCGCAUGAGAUAAACGAGACGCUGCAUUCUGUGAUCUAUCACGAGAAUGACGUCGGUGAUCCGUACGUGGACGUUCGACAAGGUGACGGCGGUGGAUGUGGCAUUACUAAUAGUGAUGUGAUAGACUGGAUGGAAAGGGUGCAGAAUUCCGCUCUACCGGAUGAACCGCCUAAAGCGGUGCCGUCGGCGAAUCAGAAGGAGCCGAAGCCCAAUGUCGCACCCUGGAACGGCGACCGGGAGGCUCCCGGCCACAAGUACAGCAGGGAAGCUAACGAACCUAGUCAUCGCAGGCCACGAAGAGCGACCAGGUCGAAAGAAAACAACACCUGCUCGCUUUUCAUACAAACGGAUCCUCUUAUAUGGAGGCACAUCUCUGAACAGCUGCAUCACGACGCGGAGAAGACCAGGGAGGAGAUAUUGUCCUUGAUCGCGCACCACGUCACCGCCGUCAACUACAUCUACAGGGACACGAAAUUCGACGGCAGGACGGAGCACAGGAACAUCAAGUUCGAGGUUCAGCGAAUAAAGAUAGACGACGAGACGGCGUGUACGCCUCCUCAGCCGUACAGCGAGCCGAACCCCUUCUGCAUGGAGAACAUCGACGUUAGCAACUUUCUGAAUCUCCAUUCUCUCUCGAACCACGAGGACUUCUGUCUCGCCUACGUGUUCACCUACAGGGACUUCACCGGCGGCACGCUCGGGCUGGCCUGGGUCGCUUCCGCGUCCGGCGCGUCCGGCGGUAUCUGCGAGAAAUUCAAGACCUACACCGAGACCGUGUCCGGCCUGUAUCAGUCCACCAAGAGGUCCCUCAACACCGGCAUCAUCACUUUCGUGAAUUACAACAGCCGCGUGCCGCCUAAGGUGUCGCAGCUGACCCUGGCGCACGAGAUUGGACAUAAUUUCGGUUCGCCGCACGAUUUUCCACCGGAAUGCAGACCGGGAGGCUUGGACGGUAAUUACAUUAUGUUCGCCUCGGCGACGAGCGGAAAUCGACCGAACAACAGCAAGUUUUCAAAGUGCAGCAUUGGCAAUAUCAGCAACGUCCUAGAUGCUAUCGAGGAUAAUAAGAAGAGGAACUGUUUCACUGGUGCGUUUUGCGGGAAUAAAAUCGUCGAGGCUGGCGAGGAGUGCGAUUGCGGAUACGAUGACGACGAGUGCGUGGACAAGUGCUGCUAUCCCAGACAGGUGUCCGAGCUGGAUAAAAUUAAGAAUGACACGGCGAAAGGUUGCAAUAGGAAGUACGGGACGCAAUGCAGCCCCAGUCAAGGACCCUGCUGUUCGAGUGAAACGUGCCAGUUUGUGCCCCUCUCCCAUCGAGUCCAGUGCAGAGCCGAGUCGGACUGCAGUUACAAUUCUACGUGCAAUGGAAGGUCCUCCGAGUGCCCGGCGCCGCUGCCGAAAGCCAACAAGACUAGAUGCAAUGAGGGCACUCAAUUGUGCAUCAACGGGGAGUGCACGGGAUCCAUUUGUCUCGAGUGGAAUCUGACAGAGUGCUUUUUAACGAGCAGCAUCAUACCGAACAUCGACAAGCGCAAGCUCUGCGAAUUAGCCUGUCAAAAUGGGACCGAUGCGUCAACGUGUCGCGGGACGAGCGAGUUCGCGCAUAUGGUGGGAUUGCCGGAGGGUGGAAUGAGCCUCAGACCCGGUUCCCCCUGCGAUAAUUUCCAGGGUUACUGCGACGUUUUCUUGAAAUGCCGAGCCGUCGAUACGGAGGGACCGCUUGCGAGAUUGAAAAAUCUAAUCUUUAACAAAGAAACAUUAUCGUCGGUAGCACAGUGGAUAACUGAAUUUUGGUGGGCGGUGUUAUUAAUGGGCAUAGCUUUCAUCAUAUUUAUGGGACUGUUUAUCAAGUGUUGCGCCGUACACAUUCCUUCCACGAACCCUAAAAAGCCGCCCGCGAGGCGCAUCAGUGAUACAUUAACAAGACCGAUGAAUACUCUUAGAAGAAUGCGACAUCCACACGGUGGCGGUGGAGCCGGGCCGAGGAGUAUACCCCCAAGACCGAGUCAAGGUGGACACGGAACCCGUGGACCCUCUCACGGCUACGGGGAGGGUAGAGGUGCUCAAUAUUAUCCAAAAGCAGGCUAUCGCUCGGUUCCCACAGCUAGUGCGCCACCAAAUAGCGGGCCAGCAGACAAUUACGGCCGUUCCAAUCACCCAGAGCUGUAUGCCGGCGCCUAUUCGGGCUCCAGCGGAGGGGGGAGGGGUGCAGCAUAUGAGAUGAGGCAUCACAACAAGGUGUGACGAUCCUAGGACGUCGUCACGGACGAGGACCACCAGUCGCGGCGUUGCACCACGAGUCGUUGUGUAGAACGAUUGCCAAAUGCGAAGAGAACCGAUCCACUCCACGUAAGGGAUGCGACGAUGCCUCUUAACUGAGAUCGAAGCAAUAACGACGAGUCACAGCACGACGGUUGAGCAGAUUGAGAGGUCCGACGAUAUGCUCUUUUACCUGAGUUGCGUAGAAUAAAGAGCCGCGCGUAGAUACGAAGAAGGUAACGCGCCUCGGUGAAGAAAUGAAUCGAUCUCUCAUUUUGUAUCGGUUUGGCAGACGUAAUUUCGCGGAGAGAUAAACGUUGCGAACGGCGACUCGCGAGAUUGACCCGACCGGAAUCACGAUGCCGGAGUGACGGAGUGUACAACGGUGGUCGUGAGCACCGGAGAAUUUUAUAUGUAAUCUUUUUUAUGUAGCGCCAAUGCAGUCUUUCGCGUCGCCGUUCAAAGAACUCGUCGCAUGAUCAAAUUUUAGGAUGCUUCGCCAGUGAAGGUGAUAUUGUUAUAUGAUCAAAGUAAUUUAAAUCGACCCAACGUGUGAUUCAUUUCGCUUUAGUGAUCGACGCUAUUCGCAAGGCGACGAACGCGACAGUGUUGAAGAAAAUAAAAAGACGUCGCAUCUUCGUCCCUCGCCGCUACGAAGAUUUAAGGCCAAGAUCGUAUAGUCUUUGUGUGAUGGCGUCCCUCGAGAUGUCGAUACUCGUGCAUGUCGCUCUCGAAAGUUAGAUUAAGAGAAUCUCUAAAGACCUUGUUUGUUAGAGAAUAAACGCAAGUUUAGUAGAAAAUUGGCAAUAAGACAAUAUAUUGUAUGUCCUUUGGCAAAUACACGGCGCGUACGUGUAGACAAGUUUUCCAAGGGCGGCUUGUACUCGUGUUCCGUUUAUUGGCAAGUAUAGAGUGAAAAGUCGUCUUUUUAAUCGGAUCAAAAUUUUAGCGUAAAACACUCAAAUAAUCUAAUUUCAUUUCAAAACUCAGUACGGCAAACAUAUGUAUCGCGAUGUGGCCAAAAAGUUUUAAUUGUAUAUAAAACAUACGCACGCCGUUGUCCUCUUUUUUUUAUCUGCAAUAAUUGAAAAAUUUUUUAACUGCUUUCUGGAGCGAAAUGGCACCCUACCGCUACCAAACCAUCACAGGUCAUUUACUUGAUCUCUGUACCAUUGUAGACUAAUAAUUAACGAUAUGUAUUAUUCUUAUACUAAUUUGUAUUAGCCAAUUUCGAAGCAAAGUUAUGCGAGAUUAUAAGGGAUAUAAGAGCAGCAAGAACAAAAUGAAUGCGAUUUCUAUAGCGAUAUUCCAUUAAUUAUUACACUACGAAUGAAGAUGAUGAUAUUAAUUAUUAUUAAGCUAUGCUGAUUAUUAUUAUUAUUAAUUAGUUAUAUCUUGCAAAUGAUAAUUUAUCUCCGCCUAUUGCGAAUGUUAUAAGUUGUAUUUAAUUAAAAAACCGAGUUUUAUAACAUGCUAUAUUAAGUCGGGGGCUGCACCGUAAACACGCGAUUAUGCGUAUAGCGGACCAAAGAUGAGCCCUCUUAUCGAAACGCGCGAACAUGUUAUAUUAUAUAUAUAAUAUAUAUAAAUAUAUACAUAUAUAUAUACAUGGGCUCACAACACGUACACAGCUGCAUACUCGUAAGCGGGAAACACGAGGUCGAUUCUCAUCCUCGAGAUGAAUCGUAUCCGGUACUGUCCGUUGUCGAUACGAUUAAUGCACUUCCCUUCUCCGAAAACGCCAAAUCUGACAAACGACUGAGUUCUUUUCCGCUCGUUUCGGUCGACGUCUUUACGCGACGAACAUCGAGACCAAUGUCGUCUCCUGUUCACAGUACAUGCCAUUUACAAUGGAACAAUAACGAGUGCGCGCGACAUUUUAAUUAGCAGUAACAAAUCGAGAGAAAUCGUCUCAGAGAAUUCUUCUAUGUUAGAAACUAAAAUCUUUUUUAUCCGCUUAUAUUUUAUGGUUUACUUUUAUCACUUUUGCGAUUCGUAUUUUUAACGAUUGAAUAAAUGUGAAUUUUACCAAAUGAGACUAAAGAGCAGGCUAGCUUUGCGACGUUUUAUCAGUCAACUUCUUUAUAAUUAUUAUAAAGAAUCAUUUGUACAGUAGAAUACUUAUCUUUCAGGCCUCAAUGAAGAUUAAAUUGUAACAACACAAACGCCCAUACAUUAUUUUUGUAAAAUUGUAAGCAAAACUGAGACUGCUCGAAAAUUCGGUAUUGAUUUUUCAGUCACGUAGAAAUGCGUAGAGUACAGAGAGAGAAAUUCAAUCGCGUUUUUAAAUAUCGAUUGGUGUGAUCAAUAUAUCUCUAUGUCUGUCCGCAAUUAAAUUACAACCCUCUGCGUUGUAACUUUAAGACUGUGUUUUAUCCAGGCGGAAAGUUGGAUGUAGGGGAUGCAGGAUUGAAACGAGGAGGUGCCAGCAAAGACGCUACAAUACGAGUUUACGGAUCGUGUGGAAAUGUACAAUAGACGCAAUGUGAUUAUUAGGCGGAUCAUACCGAAGUCUUGUGAGGGAAGAGAAUAAGCGAGGGGGAAUCGCGGGCAAGUGGGACGCGGAAAAUAACGAGUUUUUUUUUUCGGGCGUGCGAGGAAACAUUGUGAGUGAGAGAGACCGCGAAAGAGAUAGAUCGCGAGUGUGUACAUCUGUGUAAAUAUACUGAUAUUAUGAAAUGAUUGUAUAACCAUAACAGAUGGUAAAGCGAAUACAAAAAAUACUUGUUUUUUAUAUCAGAUCUGUAUUAUAGCGAAAUAUUAUUCUGUAUUUUGUAAUCAGAACGGAAGUUUAGGGAUGACGUGCGAGUGUCUGUACGUGCGUGUAAUCGAGCCUCUAAGUUUUAAGUAUGAGUUUCUUUGUCGAUCCAGCGUGGACCGGAGAAAUCGUACGAUCAACGUUAUUUAGGAAAUUUCGACAUUUCUUGCGUAUAGGUGCAAAACAAGUAUUCCGUUUGACCCCAUUCGCAAUCGCUCGCAACACCAUUUGAAGUUAGUCUGUUUCGACGCGAGCAACAAAUCCGUGACAAUCCACGGACAAGAUUUACUGCCAACGAACAUAGGUGAUUCGAGUUUUUGAUUGAUUUUAAUGCGUUAAUAGUGCAUCGCUAGAAAUGUUUUCUGCCAAGUCCACAGUUAAUUACGGUCUUCUAAAUGUACUGAUAAUAACGCCAACACUUUAGAAAGCCGUCAGAUAAAGAAGACUUUUAUACGUCCUUUUUUUUUAAAUUUCAUUUUACGCGGAGGAAGAGAGAAGCCUUUCCGCGCGUUAAAGAGAGAGAGAAAAAAGCGAGACACAAUGUCGUUCGAAGAAUCGUCGAGAAUCUCUGGGUGGUCAUUUCGUUCCGAGCCACUGCCAUUUAACGAGGUAGUUAGAAAUUGCCUUCGGAACGAGCUGACGUCCUGUUCGAACACGUUAUCGGUAGCGCGAACUACUUUUGCUUCCUUUUCACUGCCAUUGCCAUUUCGAACGACUGAACUGUCACGAUCAAAGAGCGCGGGUACAAAUUCGUGCGCGACGUAACGAGUGUCCGAAAAAUAGAACGAGAUAGGAGAUAGCAACGGCUCGUUACGUUCCGAAAAAGCCUAAAGAGCGAGUGUGGAAUGGGGUCAGGGUGUAGUUACUAGUUGACAAUGAAGUCGCUUGCGCGUACGAAAGGAUUAGUAAGAGAUAAGGAUAAAUUCUCCUUCAUCAUUUUUGUCCCAGACCUCUAACUACGUAUGCUUAAGCUUAUUCAUUUCCACGGCGUCUGGAUUAAGAUGCGAACCUUCAUCCCCCCCCUCCCCUCGCCUCUCCACCUCUCCCCCGCGGUUCCGUCGCGGCAGCGCGAGCCAUCGCGAUCGGUAGCGAGCAGCGAGAGCGAGAUCCUCAAGCGGUUCCGUCGCGCGAUUAUCCGCUCUUAAUCCAGAACCGCAUUACUGUGACGCGAUGCACACACAAUACACUACUCUAUCACUUGUACAUAAUGUUAGAGAAGGAAAGAACAAAAAGAAAAUCGAAGAUUA